CGCAUGCUUUCUAUUGGCUAAUUAUUGUGGGCGUGUUUUUUGCUAACAUCACGCCCGCUUACCAUUAAAAACCUUGUACGGUAUUACCGUAUUUACAGAGAAGCUACAGUGCUACACGAUCAUAAACUUAAAAGAUGCUGCGUCAGGCGACUUCUAGUAUUCUAUCGCAAUACUACACUAAAGGAAUAAAAACAACCUUCUUAGUUCGGCAAGCAAGUACUGCAAUACCAAACGCCAACUCUCAUAAAGGAAAGCUUUCGGCUACCGAAAUAAUUGAGAGGGAACGUCAGUAUGGUGCGCAUAAUUACGACCCUUUACCAGUUGCCUUAUCUGCGGGAAAAGGUGUUCAUGUGUGGGAUGUGGAUGGGAAGAAAUAUUUUGAUUAUUUGAGUGCUUACAGCUCAGUCAAUCAAGGACAUUGUCAUCCAAAAAUUGUUGACGCUCUUGUGAGCCAAGCAUCAACACUUGCAAUCACUUCAAGAGCUUUCUACACAGAUGUGCUUGGAGAGUUUGAAGAAUAUAUAACUAAACUCUUUAACUUUGAUAAGGUCUUACCCAUGAACUCAGGUGUUGAAGCUUGUGAGAGUGCAUGUAAGCUAGCUCGACGAUGGGCAUAUGAUGUUAAAGGUGUGCCUAACAACGAGGCACGGAUUGUGUUUGCUUCUGGAAACUUCUGGGGUCGAUCACUUGCUGCUGUGUCUGCCUCAACAGAUAGUGACAGCUAUGGGGGGUUUGGUCCAUACAUGCCAGGGUUUUCUAUUAUUCCUUACAAUGACCUCUCUGCACUGGAGGUGGAAUUAAAAAACCCGAACACAGCAGCAUAUAUGGUUGAACCUAUACAAGGAGAAGCAGGGGUUGUUGUUCCCGAUGAAGGAUAUUUACGAGGUGUUCGAGAUUUAUGCACCAAACACAAUGUGUUGUGGAUAGCGGAUGAGGUUCAAACUGGUCUUGGUAGAACUGGAAAACUCUUGGCAUGUGAUCACGAAAAUGUAAGGCCCGAUAUCCUUGUUCUAGGUAAAGCAUUGUCUGGUGGUAUGUACCCUGUCUCAGCUGUGCUUGCCAGAGAUGAGGUGAUGCUGACUAUAAGACCGGGUCAACAUGGAUCAACGUAUGGUGGAAACCCUCUUGGCUGCAAAGUGGCCAUGGCUGCCUUGGACGUUCUGCUGGAGGAAAAUCUUAUUGAAAACUCAGAACGUCUUGGGAGAAAAACUCGAUCUUUUCUCUCUGAACUUCCAACGAAUGUUGUGGCAAAGGUUCGGGGCAAGGGAUUGCUCAAUGCCAUGGUCAUCAACAACACUAAAGAGUUCAAUGCAUGGAAAGUCUGCAUCCGCCUUCGAGAUAAUGGAUUGCUAGCAAAACCAACUCACAAUGACAUCAUAAGAUUUGCUCCACCACUCUGUAUAACAGAUGAACAGCUCGAUGAAAGUCUUGCCAUUAUUUCUCAAGUUAUCCACUCAUUUUAAAAUCUCAGUAGCCAAGUGAAUACAAAGUUUCAGUUUUAAUAUUUACAAAUAUUGAAACGAAAAUGGCAUGCAUGUCAAAAUUGUAUGGUUUCUCAUAACUUUUUGGUAAAUACUUAAUUUCUACUGUAUGUUUGACAUCAGAGCUCUUGAAGCAUUGUAAUUAUGUAGGAAAAGUUUUUAGUUUUGGUGUAAUAAGUAAACUUGUGUAAAAAAACUCUUUGCUUUAAUAGUCCCUGCAUUGAAACAUAUUUUGAUUUUAUUCAUUUUUUUUUCUUUUUCACAAGUUUGACCUUUCCUGAAAUAAUUUGCCAUAGUUUACAGUACUAUUUAAACCAGGAAGAACUGCCAUACACAGUUACAAUGAUAUUUUGUUAACUCUUGUGUCGCAAUGCCUUCUUAAAAUAUAGCAAUUAAAUUGCGUUUUAUAUUUAUUUUACCCCCAAGUAAAAUCAGACUGUAAACUGCUCUAGUUUGUUGUAGCAAAAAUAUUAAAACCAUUGUAUCAAA